AUGGCAGCUCCGUCGGCUGUUGACUUCCACGCGAUGCUAGCGGAGGCUCGGCGGGAGGCGGCGCUGAGACGGCAGCAGCAUCAAGGCGCUUCCACUGACCCGGCUGCCUCCGUAGAGUCAAGCCCCAGUGCGAAGCCCCUCCACAAAACGCCUCCUCCUCCUGCGUGUUUUUUUCCCGGCCUCCGGCGCCUCGCUCCAGCGGACUUCUUCAACCUCCUUCAGACCCCCGCAAGCGCGUCCUCGCAGGAGGCGCCCACGAAUGUCGCUGGAGAGCCGCAGCAGCAGAAUGCUGCCUCGCUGGCUCAACGAACGGUUCAGGCAGCGAUUCCGAAUCCCGUAGUCGUCGUCGAUUUGCGAAAAGAGGAGCUGUACCGCGCGCGCCACGUGCGGCGAGCUGUUCAGGCGGACGCGUUUCUGGAGGACGUUCGGAAGGCUGUGGCGCAGGAUUCUGCGGAGCUCAGCAGCGAAGCUCUGAAGACUUCGCUCCCAGAAAAUAUCGUCUUCUAUGCCUGCUCCCACGAGGAGAAUGAAAGGUUUUCUUUGGCUGCCUCACACGCAGAAGGCGAACCCGCGCUAGCCAGUGCGACCACCACGGAGACGGAAGCGGACACGCAGAGAAGUGGGGAGGCAGCGCUGUCUGCCAGACUCGCGGAGGAAAGGCAGCGACUGCGUCUGGUCGUACGUGAUUUGGAGAGUCUCGUGGAGCAGAGGCAAGCGGCGUACCGUCGCUCUCUUCCCCCCGAGGCGCAAGGAAUGCAGGGCGGUCUGGGACGGCAGAGAGUGCAGAAGGGCCCCCUAGCUCCGCGGCUCUUUUGGCUGGAAGGCGGUUUUGCCGCCUUCUGGCACUCCUUUCCUUUCCUGUGUCUGAGUACUGGCGAGGAGGAAGCUGCCGCGACCAGGAUGGACGCCACCGCUGCGGCUGCGCUGAUGAGUUACCCGCGAGAGAUCUUCCGGCUGCCUGAUUUGCCGAGUGUAGACCAGAGCCGCGCACACGCUCCAGAGUUGCCGGCUGACUCCCCCGCGGUCGCGGUGACGCCUUUUCGGGGCGUGUUCCUAGGGAGCAUGCUGCACGCCAUGAGUCGCGGCGUUCGCCGGCGUCUGCGGAUUCACACCAUCCUGGAUCUGUCCAAAGAGGGCCUGCCGCCGACGCUCGGAAACUGCAACUGCGUGGUGGCGUGUCCUGCAUCGGGGGGGUGUGUCGCAGCGGUGCCGCGAGGAAGGCGCGACGAGCCGCUCGCACGGCUCACAGGCGAAGCGCGGGAGCCCGCGAGACCCCUGCGGGUGGCUGAAGGAGGCGAAGCGGCGCUGGCGGAGGAGGAUGCACGAUGGGACGACGAACGCGAGGGGAGUGGGGACGACGGGCCCGACACGGAAGGGGGUGAAAAGCACGCCAGGACUCCGGGGUCUGUCCUGGUCGUUCACAGCAGCGACCUCUGCAGCAUCAGUGCGACCUCUGCCGUCCUCGCUGCGUUCCUUGCGACAGAGCCGCCGACCAGCGGGUCUUCGUGGGUCUCCGCGGCGCAGAGAGCAAGACACGCGACGGCAACUGGCUUCGACGGCGCCGCUCUCGCACUCGCGCGCCUCAUGCGUCGCUGGCCUACCACGCGCCUCGAGGCGCAGCACUAUGAGCAGCUGGAGCGCUUCUGCGCGCGCGUGGGAAGGCUGGGGACGGAAGCAGGGAGGAAACAGGGUCACGCGGGGUCCGCCGCCGGUUCGACAAAGAGCUGCGAGAGCGCGGCGCCGCCUCAGCACUCGCCGUCGACGCGUCUUCGGGGAAGAAGAGAUCCAGCGGACGCAUGUCAUUCGUCUGUUUGCGAAGAGGGCAAGGGUGACGAAGGCGACGGAGUCGAGGCAGAGUCAAGCGCCGAUCUGCAUGCAGUAGCUAUGAGGCUGACGUUGGAUUUGUGCCGCCUGCCUUCACAACCUGUUUUUCUCCUUCCUCUGUCGCUGGGUGUUUCAGCCGCGGCUGCUGCGCAGGAAACCGAAAGUUCUGCGUCUGACUCCCGAGAAGUCUCUGUGGCUACGCUCCUGUGGGGACUCACCUACAUUUUCGAUGCGCAGGGAACCAUUCAGUCGCCGACGCGCUCGACAGAGGCUGUAGGCACGCGCGAGCAGGCCUCGCUCUUUACUGCAGUCGACGGUCAUCGCAGCAGCAACGAUGAAUUGCAUCGCCUCCUGUGUGGCUUGGCCUCUCUGCUCGCGCGGGUUGCGGCGGGCUCCGCGCCUUCUUCUCAGCCUUCUUCCAGAGCGGAGGCCAGUAGUUGUCCAGCGCAGGGCGCCUUCACCGCUGGAGCUCGGCUGGCGCUGCAUCACGAUGUCCGCUCUUUCUCUGCAACUGAGCACACCGUGAGGGCCGGUCUCCUUGACCUUGCCACGUGGCGCGGACGCGGAGGAGAGGAUCUAGCUCCUUCGGCAGAGACAGGCGGCAACCUUUCAAAGCUCGAAGCCUGGACGCUCCUGGCAAAUUGUGUAGGCUGCUGGGCAGCGGGAGUGCAGCGGCGGCCGAGAGAGGAGGAAUUUCAACGCGAGGCGGAGUCUUCGGAGGCACGACAGAGCUCUGCGUGCGGACCAAGUCGAGCCUGUAGACUCGCGGUGCUGCAAGGCCUUUGCCAGGUGCUGGAGGCCACGGCGACGGGGAUGCGAUGUUCACCCGAGGAGAUGCGGCAGUGCUCGCCCGCAGUGGAGGCGUUUCUUUUGAACAUGACGAUUUUGAAAGAGGCGCUGGAGGGUCCGGCCGGCAGUACGAUGACUGAAGAGGAAGCGACGAGAGGUGCUGAGCAAAGGCCGUCAGAGCGAGCAGCGCCCGAAAACGAGAGCAAACGAAACUCGAAGAACGAAGAAGACGCGAGGAAGCGGCUGAAGAAACUGCUCGUCAGCCUCCUUGUUCAGGCUGCGGGGCGAGAGGCGGCGGCGUUUCUCAUUCUGGAGAGCGAGAAUCGCCGAGAAGACGAGCUGCGCGCUGGGGGCACGAACAGACAUUCCACGGGGAUGGCGCGCGAGACAUCUCCUUUGCAGGCUUCACACAGAGGAGCUGCAUCAGGAUCGCUGCCGGCGAUAGAGGACACAGCUGGUAGGCAAGAGACGUUCCUCGGACGCUCUACGCUCGCGCUCCGCUUCUCGUUGACGGCGUUGUACGGUGCGUUUGUCCGCCCUUUGUUUCUGGACACCAUGAAAGACUCUGCGACAUGUUCGAAAGGGCAGCUGCAGGCCGACCGAGCGAGCCAGAAGCGGGGCGACAAGAGCAUGAAGAGACUAAAAGACCUUUUCAACACGGAAAGCUUGCGUUUCGUAUUACAGGUAGCGGAUAUCUGGAGCGCCAAACAUCCGUCUGAGGGUUGCGAGGCGCUCAAAAUGCUGCAGCAAAUACAGGCACACGACACGAGGGACAAGCAGCAAGGUGCCGAGGAGGGACUCCCCGCAUCGUUGGGGCUCGUUUUGAGGCCGGUUGUGCUCGUCGCAGGCGAAAUGUGA